GAAGGCGUCAUAGAUCACGGUCAAGGUCUUACUCCCCUAGAAGGCGACCAAGCCCGAGGCGACGGCCAUCUCCAAGGAGAAGGAGCCCUCCAAGACGAAUGCCUCCCCCACCCAGACACAGAAGAAGCAGAUCUCCUGUGAGGCGGAGAAGACGGUCAUCAGCAUCCUUAUCUGGCAGUAGCUCUUCCUCCUCUUCCUCACGUUCCCGAUCGCCACCAAAGAAGCCACCUAAAAGAACUGUAUCCAGUCCUCCUCGUAAAACGCGUAGGCUCUCUCCUUCAGCAAGCCCUCCUAGGCGGAGGCACAGACCAUCCCCACCAGCAAGUCCGCCUCCAAAACCACGUAGGUCUCCAACACCCCAGCAGUCGAAUCGUGCAAGAAAAAGCCGUGGCUCUGUUUCGCCUAGCAGAGCAUCAGCACCCAAACAUAAGAGUGCUGAAAAAAGAGAAUCUCCUUCGCCAGCACCAAAACCAAGGAAGGCCGAACUGUCUGAAUCAGAAGAAGAUAAGGGAGGUAAAAUGGCUGCAGCAGACUCUGUUCAACAGAGGCGUCAGUACAGAAGGCAAAAUCAACAGUCUUCAUCUGAUUCUGGUUCUUCAUCUUCAUCUGAAGAGGAAAGACCAAAAAGAUCCAAUGUGAAGAAUGGGGAAGUUGGCAGACGCCGACGCCAUUCACAUUCACGCAGUCCGUCACCGUCUCCACGAAAACGACAGAAGGAAUCCUCCCCUCGUAGGAGGAGGAGGAGUCCAUCGCCCCCACCAGCCAGGCGGCGACGCUCUCCUUCGCCUGCCCCUCCUCCUAGGCGGCGGCGGUCACCUUCGUUACCUCGUCGAAGGUCUCCAUCACCACCCCCACGCAGACGCUCACCUUCUCCACGGAGAUACUCUCCACCGAUACAGAGACGAUACUCUCCUUCUCCACCACCUAAGAGAAGAACAGCUUCUCCUCCUCCCCCACCUAAACGAAGGGCAUCACCUUCUCCACAGUCAAAACGCAGAGUCUCCCAUUCGCCACCGCCAAAACAGAGGAGCUCACCAACUGCUAAAAGGCGUUCACCUUCGAUAUCUUCCAAGCACAGGAAGGGAUCUCCUCCCAGUAGGUCCAAUCGGGAAACACGUUCUCCACCACAAAACAAAAGGCAUUCACCUUCACCACGGCCUAGAGCUUCUCAUACCUCUGCAAGCCCGCCACCACCACGAAGGGGAGCUUCAGCUUCACCCCAGAGAAGACAGUCUCCAUCUCCAAGCACUAGACCUAUCAGGAGGGUGUCAAGAACGCCAGAACCUAAGAAGACAAAGGGUUCCACGCCAAGUCCACGAUCUGCAAGACGGGUGUCUUCGUCACGGUCUGCAUCAGGAUCACCUGAGCCAGCACUGAAAAAACAUCAAGGACCUUCAUCUCCUACUCGGUCUCGUUCUCCUUCUGCAAACUGGUCACCUGCAAAAAAGGCUAAAAGCCCAACUCAGAGCCCAUCACCUGCAAGGAAUUCGGAUCAAGAAGGGGGUGGAAAGAAGAAGAAGAAAAAGAAGGAUAAGAAGCAUAAAAAGGAUAAAAAGCACAAGAAACACAAAAAACAUAAGAAGGAGAAGGCUGCGGUGGCUGUAGCGGCUGCUGCUGUGGCUGCGGCAGAUACCACCUCAGCACAGGAAGACCAGGAAGCAGAGACAGAACCCAAAAAGGAGACAGAAAGUGAACCAGAAGACAACCUUGACGAUCUAGAAAAACAUCUGCGAGAGAAGGCACUGAGGUCGAUGAGGAAGGCGCAAGUGUCACCACCAUCCUAGGCUGAAUCCUUUGAUAUAAUGUACAUUUUAUUUGGUUUGUACUCAGAAUUCAAUUUCAAAUUGCUAAAUGUGUUUGAGCUUUAGAAUAUAACAUUUGUUGUAAUAAUUGCUAGGUUGAGGUUCACCACGUACAAAGGGCAUGGAUUUACAUUACAAAAGGUGUCCACAGUGUACUAGUGACAUUCUUUCAUUGACAGUCAACAUAAUUUCAUUUAGAGUGAGACUUUUUAGAAGCAGUAGGGAUUUGUUUUGAAGGUUUUAAACAUGACCGUCAGUUCCCUAGUUUCUUUGAAAUUCAACAAAGCCUUUAGCAUAAUUUGUGAGGGUCUCAUUUGACUUCUUUUGUAUCCACUUACAUUACGCUACUAACCUUUGUGGUUUGUAAGCUUGCCCAGAAGUAAAACCACUGCAGAAUUACCAAGGACGUACAUAUAUUUUAAUGCUUUCUACUGUUGCCUGUAUAGUCUCCAUUAAAGCGAAUCCAGAAUAGCGAUUUAGAAUGGUACAUAAAUGAAAGCAUGUUGUUUACCAGGACACUGUGGGUUUAUAUUGAUGUAACAUGUUGAUUUGGAACACUGGAAUUUCAUUUGUAUUUUUAUGUUCUUUUUUUAAAGGGCAGUUUCCAUGAUCAGCAGUCCCAGCAAAAAAUUCCUUCAGUUACAUAAAUUUUUGUUUGUGAGAUGUCGUUGCCCCAUUCAUAAAUCUUGUCUCGUUACGGUUCUUCGGAAUGGUAUAAGCAACUUUCAGAGAUGUGGUCUUUGAAAGUUUGAGGAACCUGAACUUUGGAUAUUGUCAUGUUUUCACUGUUUUUUGUUUUUGUUUUUUUAACUAAAGCUAUAUAAAGCUUGUGGAUUAAACAAAAUAAAUUUCUAAAUUUAAACAGAUGUUGGCUAUUUUUAUAUGAACAUUUACAUUUGCUAAUCAGCUUUCUUUUGUACAGGGUUAAUGAAUACACAGACAGGAAAAAGUAUUUGAUCCAGUAUGCUGGCUUCUGAAAAAUUGGGGCUUUUCUUUUUAACUGUCCUGGGGUAGCAGAAGUAGCCCUUUGUUAAUUCAGCGAUGCUCCUCUUGAGUCUGGAUUGGUGUUCUUGCAAAGCAAGAGUAAACAGUCUACCUGGGCAGCACUCUGUUAGGAUGGAUAAGCUUCAAACAAACAAAACAUUGGCUGGGGGAAAUCGCUUCUCAUAGCGAGUAAAAUGUUUCAAGGUCCUGCAAAAAAUUAAUGGCAGGUUUGCGUUAAGUUCGUUACAAGCUUUAGUCCUGUAAACACUGGUUUGAAUGCUCGUCUAAAGAAUCCUGGUGGCUCGCUGCCUUUUUCAUAAUCGUAUUUGAAACUUGCUGGAUUGCUACUGUCAAAUCUUUUUAAUAAGCCAAGCUCUGUUUCUGAAAUCAAGUCAAUUCUGAAGUCUGAGGUUCCUCUGGAAGGAGGAAUGGAACAUGCUUUUGAAAAUUCUUGUCCUGCAUCUGAAGUAGAUGUGAUGUGCACAAUGAAGUGUAGAUAUUUGAUUAGUCUUUUUACUUGACAUCGUGUAGGGUUUUAAAAUAAACCAGGUAAUAUGUAGAUACUGGAUGGAAGGGGAUAUCUUUGAAGUAGCUUCCUUCUGCACUCCCUUAUAUGCUGAAUCUUCUGUUUCUUAGCAUAAGUAUACAUUGUAUGCUAAAGUGCUUGUAAACUUAGUUCAACAACACUUGAAUGUUGAGUAUCAUCUGUUAUUGAAUGUGUAUAAUAAAUUCCAAGAACUUUCUGGACAAACACAUUUUAAAAAGUACG